CCAGUGGUGCUCCUGGCCUCCACACUUUGCAGCCUGUCUGUCUGUGCAGGCAAAAGGUAUAGCGCUCAUCCAAAGGAAGCGUCUUUCUUUGAGGAGGAAAGCAGACAGCAAGAGCGACAGAGUGGGGGGGGGGGGAUAAAACUGAAAGCUCCCCUCUUUGCCCCACUAAACACAGCAAAAACGGAAGGCUUUGGAGUAUUCAAUUUUUUCUUUCGCUUUAUAUUUUUCCUCUUCCUCAUCGCGGUGCUGGGAGGUGCUUCAUCUUUUCACAUAGUCUCUGUGUCUGUUAUUUGCCUCCUCAUCUACUUCACCAUCUACCUUGUGUACAAUUUUCUCUAUUUAUGACUGAGAAAAGUCGACUUUUCUCAUCAUUGCCAUCUUUUCUUCUUGUCCUCCUGUGACACUCCUCUCUCAUCAACAUCUUCCCAUCACCAUUUCACCAUUCCCACACCUCUGUCUCCAAACUCUCACCUUUUACCAACUUGGAUCAAUUUUCUGACAAAAAAAAAAAAGCUCCAUGAAUGACUUUUUCCCCCUUUUUUCUUCUCUUUUGGUCCCACCCACACCCGUUUACUUUGCACCACAUUCUUGCGGGAUUCUUAAAUGUUACUCUAGGUAGGUUAACUAUCGUUUAGUGUCUGUCUAUCUAUCUGUCUGUCUGUGUGGAUUUGUGUCUACUUUACAUAACACACAUAUCAAUAUCCCAUACAUGCACGAAAUCAGGGUUUCUCAAACUUCAGGGUCAUUUUUUUUAUUUAUUGGGAGGCCAGGAAAAUAUUAGUAUUUCUCAUCAAGCAGGCACAUGAGUCUUUUGUAAAUCUAUGGUAUUUUUGUUCUUUAUUAUUAGUUUAUCUACUGUUAUUGUCCACAUUAUGCCAAUACAUUACGUAUUUUCUAUGACUAAAUUAUACAAUGUUUCUCACGACCCUUCUCGUGUAUUUCAAUUUUUAAUCAGUACACGUAUAUUACACAAGCAAAUAUUUUCUUGUUAAAAGGAGCAAAAUUUGUAACCUUUGACACAUAUUUUACACAUGUUUCAUUCAUUUGAUUUAUAUUUUGGAUACUAUAAGAUAUAUAUAUAUAUAGACUAUAUAGAUACUAUAGGAUUUCAUUAGAUUGAAUUACUGUAUAUAAAAUAUUAAUAUCUUUUAAUCUGAUUUGAAAAAUAUGACACUAUUAUAUUAUUUUAGUUUUAUUUUAAUGACAUCUUCAUUCAAAAGAAAUUGAGACAGACUGAUAGACAGAUUAAAUAACAUACAUGGCCAAAUAAGCUCAUGUUUCUGUCACAUUUCCCUCAUUUUUGUUUAUGUUGUGCUUUACCGUCACAUCCCUUUUUAACCUUAAGGUGAAACAUUACCAUCUUUCUUAUGAAAGGAAAAAAUGGACGGCUCCUUUUUUUUUUUUUUGCUCUGUCUUUGUAUUUAUCAGCGCUCCCUGUAAAACAUCUGCAUUGUGCUCUGUAAAUUAUGUUUUGCAGAAGAGAAUUAAUUAGACUGAAGAAGAGAAGAUCCAACAUCGAGUCGGGAAACCGCUAAAGAUGGCUGGCUAGCGACGGAAUUCAACAGGCAAAGAGAGAGGAAGAGAGGAGAGAAGAAGAGAAUAUAAAUACAUACGGUACACUGGUUCUCAUCUUCUCAUCUCCACGGCAACUGCACAGACUUCUGGGAGGAGACCUGGCUGAGUUGUAGUCGGUGUUGGAGCAGAGCUUGUGGAAAAAAAUGCCACUGAACCAACAUUCCUCCAUGAUGUUCCAUCAUCCAACAUCUUUUACUUUCUUGUGGUUCAUCUUUUAGAGCUGCUUGUCAACAAGUUCAAAUAUCAGCCUCAUUUUGUAGUACAUUUACACAACCGCAGCCUUUUGCAUCCUCACAUUGAUACACCCCCCCAACCCUACCUUGCCUCGCUCCAAGCAGCGAUUCUCAGCUACAGGCCACUCUAUUGCCUCUCCUUGCAACGUUCCCCCCACCUUCAAGCUUCCGUGAGUGAGCUUCCGACUCUUCAUCCGAGGCUAUGAGAGGAGGAGUCGAAUCCCAGCAGCUCACUCCAUCAUGCCAGUUGUGAAGAGCAGAGAGGAGAUCCGGGCUGGCAAUGUUCAAGCAGAGAAUGAGACGCCUUCUUGAAGGACACUAAGGAUGUGAGCGUACAUUGCCAGAUGAGGCUCCAGCAGGACUUCCAUGCUGCAGGGCUCCAAGUGAAAGGGAAGUCAUCGAACCGAUGUCUUCCACCUCGGACGGAAUUUACACUACUCCGCAAUGCUUGUCAGCCUCCUUCCAUCUCCCUCCUGCCUUCAGGACAAAUGUCUUCUCUCCUCCUCUUGCCCCCAUCAUUCCUCUGUUCGACCCCGAAAACAGUCAACGCAUCACCCCAAUCCCUGGCCGCGGCUGCUCCUGCCCUUCCUCGUCAUCUCAUUGCUCCUGCAGCCUGUUUGCGGGGCACGCAGGGCUGGAGGUCCAGGCACAGGUUCAGGAAGCUCCCCAGGAGGGCAAGGUGGCCCGAGGGGAGGCAACACACAGCGCGGCGUUGUCAUCCCCCCGCAGUACUCUCCUGGACCACAAGUGCUUCCGCCAAUCAACCCCAAACUCAUCAGCUCUCUCAGUAUUGCUGUCAUCUUGGUAGGGAACUCUAGUGAAUUGGCUCUGGGAGCGGGACUUGAAAAAGAGGACUUCCUGCAUAUCCCCUACCCGCCAAAAGUGGAGGUGGUCACCAUGAACGAGACCGAUCCAAAGAGUAUCAUCCGUCAAAUCUGUGCACAAAUGACAAGGAACUCCCUGCAAGGUGUUGUUUUUGGUGAUGACACAGACCAGGAGGCCAUCGCUCAGAUUCUGGACUUCAUCUCCGCUCAGACUCACAUCCCCAUUCUGGGCAUCAGAGGGGGAUCCUCCAUGGUCAUGGCAGCCAAGGACGACAACUCCAUGUUUUUCCAAUUUGGUCCGUCCAUCGAGCAGCAGGCCUCCGUCAUGUUGAACAUCAUGGAGGAGUAUGACUGGUACAUUUUCUCAAUUGUCACCACAUACUACCCGGGCUACCAGGACUUUGUCAACAAGGUCCGUAGUACCAUCGAGAACAGCUUUGUAGGCUGGGAACUGGAGGAAGUCCUCUUACUGGACAUGUCAGUGGAUGACGGCGAUUCCAAGAUCCAGAAUCAGUUAAAGAAACUGCAGAGCCCAGUCAUCCUGCUCUACUGCACAAAGGAGGAGGCCACCACCAUCUUUGAGGUGGCUCAUUCUGUGGGUCUAACAGGUUAUGGCUUCACCUGGAUCAUUCCUUCGCUGGUGGCCGGAGAUGCGGACCACGUGCCUGCUGUUUUCCCGACAGGGCUGAUUUCUGUGUCGUACGAUGAGUGGGAUUACAAUAUCGAGGCCAGGGUGCGUGAUGCAGUCGCUGUCAUCGCUACGGCGACAUCCACCAUGAUUCUGGACCGGGGGCCUCACACCUUGUUGAAGUCCAGCUGCCUUGGCACACUCGACAAGAAGAGCACCAGCACCGGCCACUCGAAGGAAAUACUCAGGUACAUCAUGAAUGUGACAUUUGAAGGGCGUAACCUGUCAUUCAGCGAUGAGGGGCACCAGAUUUUCCCCAAACUGGUCAUCAUCCUUCUCGACAAGGACAGACAAUGGGACAGGGUGGGCAAGUGGGAGAAAGGUUCUCUAGCCAUGAAGUAUCACGUGUGGCCUCGUUUCGAGUUGUUCACCACGGCAGAGGACCACGAGGAUCACCUGUCCAUCGUUACAUUGGAGGAGGCGCCCUUUGUCAUAGUGGAGGAUGUGGACCCACUGAGUGGUACCUGCAUGAGGAACACAGUGCCUUGUCGGAAACAGCUCAAGCUCAUCAACCAAACGGGCAAUUCCGGCAUCUACAUCAAGCGCUGCUGCAAAGGCUUUUGCAUCGACAUCCUGAAAAAGAUCGCCAAGACAGUCAAGUUCACGUAUGACCUUUACCUGGUCACGAAUGGUAAACACGGCAAGAAGGUGAACGGGACAUGGAACGGCAUGGUCGGAGAGGUGGUGCUGAAGAACGCUCAUAUGGCAGUAGGCUCGCUCACCAUCAACGAGGAGAGGUCGGAGGUCAUUGACUUCUCCGUGCCAUUCAUUGAGACAGGAAUCAGCGUCAUGGUCUCCCGUAGCAAUGGGACCGUGUCGCCCUCUGCCUUCUUAGAGCCCUUCAGUGCCGACGUGUGGGUGAUGAUGUUUGUGAUGCUGCUGAUUGUGUCAGCCGUGGCCGUGUUUGUGUUUGAGUACUUCAGCCCGGUGGGUUACAAUCGCUGCCUGGCAGAUGGGAGAGAGCCCGGCGGUCCCUCCUUCACUAUCGGAAAGGCCAUCUGGCUACUUUGGGGUCUGGUUUUCAACAACUCUGUUCCGGUGCAGAAUCCCAAAGGUACCACCAGCAAGAUCAUGGUGUCCGUGUGGGCCUUUUUCGCUGUCAUCUUCUUGGCUUCCUACACUGCCAACCUGGCAGCCUUCAUGAUCCAGGAGGAGUAUGUCGACCAGGUGUCGGGCCUGUCAGACAAAAAGUUCCAGAAGCCUAACGAAUUCUCACCGCCAUUCCGCUUUGGUACCGUGCCCAAUGGGAGCACAGAGCGCAACAUCCGGAACAACUACCGGGACAUGCAUGCCUACAUGACCAGCUUCCACCAGAAGAACGUGGACGAGGCACUGUACAGUCUCAAGACUGGCAAACUGGAUGCCUUCAUCUACGAUGCUGCAGUACUUAACUACAUGGCGGGCAGAGAUGAAGGCUGCAAGCUUGUCACUAUUGGCAGUGGCAAGGUGUUUGCCUCCACUGGGUAUGGCAUCGCUAUCCAGAAGGACUCGGGCUGGAAACGUGCUGUGGAUCUGGCCAUCCUUAUGCUGUUUGGAGACGGUGAGAUGGAGGAGUUGGAGGCCUUAUGGCUUACAGGUAUCUGCCACAAUGAGAAAAACGAGGUGAUGAGCAGUCAGCUGGAUGUGGACAACAUGGCAGGGGUCUUCUACAUGCUCGGGGCUGCCAUGGUUCUGUCAUUCAUCACCUUCAUCUGUGAACAUUUGUUCUACUGGCAGCUGCGCUUCUGCUUCAUGGGCGUGUGUUCGGGAAAGCCCGGGGUCACCUUCUCCAUUAGCAGGGGUAUCUACAGCUGCAUCCAUGGCGUUCAAAUAGAAGAAAACAAGUCUACCAUUGACUCGCCUUCGUCGAGCAUAAAGAAGAACAUGAACAACACCCAUUCGAACAUCUUGCGAUUGCUCCGCACUGCCAAAGACAUGACUGCAGUGCCAGGCAUUAAUGGUUCUCCGCACGCGGCCCUGGAAUACAAUCACGGUGGUCGUGAGUCUGCCAUCUAUGACAUCCAGGAGCACCGGCGCAGUCUCGUGGGGCACCCCGCAGACUGUAAGUCAGCACCGCCCUAUUUACAAGAGGACAACAUGUUCACUGACUACAUCAGCGAGGUGGAGAGGACUUUUGGGAACUUGCCCCUGAAGGACAACAACUUGUACCAGGACCCUUACCGGCACCACCACCCUGUCUCAGCUUUGGGUAUGUCCGGCCCCCCACCUAAUAGGCCGCGUAGCUUAGGCAGCGCUAGCUCUUUGGAAGGGGGCAUGUUCGAUUGCGAAAGUUUGGGGGGAGGAGUAGCACCCAUCUUUACCACACAGCCCCGCCCCUCCAUGACUCACAGGAAUACCAAUAAGUUUGACCUGAUUGCAGGUCACCCCCCUGCGGAUUCCAACCAGGUUGGGUUCAAGGGAAGCAAUGUGUACGGGAGGUUUUCCUUCAAAGGAGGUGCAUCCAGCACAGGGCUCAUCGGGGGUCACGAGAGGUACUGUGGUGGAGGUGGGGGCGGGGGAGGUUCAGGGGGUGACGAUGGAAACAUUCGCUCUGACGUGUCGGAUAUCUCCACUCACACUGUCACCUACGGCAACCUGGAGGGCAACGCCAAACGUCAUAAACAGUACAGGGACAGCCUGAAAAAGAGGCCAGCCUCAGCCAAGUGCAGACGGGAGCAGGACGAGAUAGAGCUGAGCGGAUUCAGGAGGAGACCCCACCACCACACCGUCCACCACCACUUCCCUCACGGGCCCCUGGCACACCGCACCAUCUCACCUCCACUGGAGCGGAAGCGAGGAGGGGGUAACUCUUCACCUUAUUUAUUCCGCAAAGACAAAGAGAACUUGAGGGAAUUUUAUGCUGACCAAUUCCGCUCUCAGGAGGGCAAGUGGGAGCAGGAGGGUGGAAGUGGAGGAAGUGGUGUGGGCGUCGGUAGCGGUGGUGGUAUCUGUAGAAGUUUAGUUCCUGUGGAGGACUUUCUCAAAGGUAAAGUCAAGAAGCAAGAGUCUAAAGGUGGUCUUGGGUCAGUGUCGGCAGGUCAGCAGGCCCACACCUGCUGGGAGAAGGCAGUUUCUGGACUGGGAGGAGGAGGCAUAGCUGGAGGUGACUGGGAAUGUCGGAACUGCCACAGUGUGUGUCACCACGGUGGAGGUUUAGGAGGUUCAUGUCCAGCUAGCGGGGUUGGGGGGACCGGCAGUCGCCCAAGCUCUGCUAGCUGCAAACGCUGUGACUCCUGUAAGAUUCAGCCGAGCAACCUUUACAACAUCAGCGAGGAUAACAACAUGGUGUUCUCUGGAGGGAAGAAUAACUUAGGAGGGGGUCAACCGCAAACUCAGGCACAGCGCAGGAAGCUCGGGCCAGGUGGGAGGGUCUUAAGGAGACAACAUUCUUAUGACACCUUUGUGGAUCUGCAGAGGGAGGGGUCAGGACGCAUGGGAGGGGUCGGCGGGGGUAGCGGUGGCCAAUUUGGCCAGCCCCGAAGCGUGAGCCUGAAAGACAAAGACCGCUACAUGGAGGGCCCCAGCCCUUACGCUCAUAUGUUUGAGAGGUAUUCGGGGGAAAGAGAGUCCCCCGUGUUUGGAGGAAUAGGUGGAGACAGGGCAAAAGGAGGCUCCUCCUUUAGUUUGUUCCGUGGAGGCGAAGGCGGGUUGCAUCGGAGGUCAGUGGGGGAGAGAGACCUAAGAGACAGGGACAGGGCUAUGAUGGGAGGGAGCGGUGGUGGUGAUAGCAGAGGCACCGGGACUUACUCCUUGUCUAAAUCUCUCUACCCAGAUAAGGUGAACCAGAACCCCUUCAUCCCAACCUUCGGCGAUGACCAGUGUCUUUUACACGGUGCCAAACCGUACUACAUCAAAAAGCCACAGACGCCGCAACAACAACAGCAGCAGCAGCUACUCAACAACAACCGAGGAGGAGGGGACUUCCGGGGCUCCAUGGGGGCGGCUUCUUAUUUGCCCGCAUCGGCCACGGCCGGGGUCAUGUCCAAUGUAGCCCCCAGGUUCCCUAAAGAUCUGUGUCUGAGCGGGAUGGGCAACCACCUGGGGGCCAACAAGCUCAUGCCUGGGGGCCGGGACACAUUAGGUUUGGGGCAGAGACCCUUCAACGGUGCCAGCAAUGGACACGUCUAUGAAAAGCUCUCCAGCAUAGAGUCAGACGUCUGAGGGAAGUUAGUGGCCAGAAGAAACGGGCGAAGACAAGAAAUGAGAAAAAGAUCCAAUGAAGAAAACCAGCGCUGUGCAGUGUCCUCUUUGUGUGAAGAUAAGGUGACAACACCAAUGGGUUUUGUUCUCACGCCACUAAACGGAACAGUUUGGACAAUGAGGAUGCUCGAAGCCAACCUGUGGUCCAGCCCGGCGGAUGGCACAUUUUUUUAGCGAGAAGGGAAGAUUGUGGUGCUGGGAAGGAGGUAGGGAUAGACAGAUGGAGGAGGGUGGGAGGGCAAGCAAGGCUCUCUUUCUAAGCUCAUUGUUCCAAAACACAAUUUUUGUUACACAACGGUUAAUACAAUCAACACUGCUGAAAGUAACAGGGUAAAUUAACAACAAUUGUACCAAUAGUGUUAAUAUUAUUGCUGAGUAUUUCUCAAGUGUUUCAAGAUGAUUGGUUUGGGGUGUUUUUCCAAUUUGAUUUCUUCAAGUAGUACUUCUAGUUGUUUCUUAGCUUAUGAAUUUGACAGGAGAGUUGUGGACCAUCUCUGAUAUUUUGGGCACUCCUGUCAUUUUUGAUUCUUCUUUGCGAUUAAUUCUAUCUUCACGUUUGAUUUUUUUUUUUUUUCUAAAAGUAUUGUGAUGUGUAUGUGACAAAAAGGCAUGAUUUGCUAAGUACAAUGUACUUAAUUGAUUACUUUUUCAAAGCUCUUUUGCAAACUGCACAAGCAACAUCAUCAUACUGAUUUGCCCUUCCUUCUUAUUUGCUUUUUUUUUUUUUCCUCACCAAAAGGGUCUCACAUUUGGAGCUGGAUGUGCCUUAAAGGAUUAAUGUUUCACCUGCAGCCAGUUUGUUCCAAUGUCAGGGUAAAAUCUGCUGGAAUUGCAUAAAAAAGCAGUUAGUGUGACAAUGACAAACAUUCAGGCAAUUGAGUUUAAAUACAUGAAAAUAAAAAAUGGAGAGGACCGUUUUCAAAUCUGAUCCUUCAAAAAAAUCUAAAAAAAAAUUAUAAAAUAUCAUCUUUAUCAACUGACUCUUUCUAAACCUUAAAUUCAUUCGAACAUAAAUCAUCACCCGCUUUCUGCUUUUAAUGCAUUUUCAUUGACUCAAUUGGCCAUGACACACUUUUUGGUGUUCAAGACAGAGUGAGACCUCUGUUGCUGGGUUGAGCAGCUCUGCAUGUUAAUUCUGUCAUAAUUAAGGCUUUAUUAUGCCUGCUGUGUUGGAUGGCAAAAAGCUCAUGUUAGAUCAGGGUUGUCACGACCGAGCCAUAACGAGUAUUACUACUGUAUUUUCUAUGCUGGAAAGGCACUGUUCGUUGUUAACAACACGGCUCGAAACCCGUGUUACCUGCUAUUUUAAGGAAUCACUUGACAUUUUCAGAAAGAAGCUUUUUUUUAUUUUAAUGAGUCACAAGGAAAUACCUGAAAAUGAAGCUACAGUCAGCUUGCUGUGAAGAGCGGAAACUCACACAAGUGCAGAGUAAAGUCUGGAUAUAGACACCUGAAAUCCAAACUAAUGUCAAAUGCUUGUUUUUCAGAGUAAAAAUUGUUUGUGUGUUUUUUUCUGAAGCUUUGCUUGCAGAUUUAGCAUUUUUUUAAACUACCUGGACAAACUCUAUUUUCGCACUUCUUUUUCUGAAAUGCUACCCAAACUCAAAUUCAGUGGAACCUCCAAAUUUCGCUUUCAUUUCCACUUUUUUUCCAUGGAGAUCAAUUCAUUCAUUGUUGUGAUUGUACCUCCUUGCACUUAUUAAUGAUGUUUUUGCACAAUAAAAAUCAACACAAAGACUUCAAAUAAUCCGCAAAUUCAGGAAAGUUGCACAAAUUGUGUUGAAUUAUGAAGUGAUGGCAUACAGGAAGUUACAUAAGGUGAGCUGUUUGGUCACCCUUUUAUUGUUUAUUCGUUGUUCAUUGAGCCAUUAGAUUGACCGGUAUUUAAGUUAGCGUUAGCUUAUUAAGUUAGCGUUGCCAAAAAUGGACAAAAAGCCAAAGAAAAAGCAAAACCUAUGCACGGAGUUAAUCCGCUAACACUUGCCGAGUUGACUUCUCGUAAAAUCAGGGACGUCAUGCCCAACAGUUGUUCUAAUACCGAAGUCUUUAUGACUUGAGAGGGCACAAUUUUCCCCGAAAUAUUGGUAACAUUCUAAACGUUAACAAACAUUUGACCUCAGGUUCCUGUGUCAGUCUGUUUUUGGAAUUUCAAACAUUUUUGUCUUUGCUUAAACGGGAAAUUUUAAAUUUAAAGUUUCACAAAUUGUAAUAACACUGACAAGGACAAUAGCGAGGACCGUAACAUUCGGAAAUUGUCGCGCCACUGCUCUUCAAAGUGAAGCAGUAUUGUAUAAAAUCCCUUAAAGGGGACCUAUAUGCUAUUUUUUAGCCUUUGUAUUGAGUUGUGUAAUAACCCGCACGGAAACCUUUUUAGAUUUUCCAGAAUCUGCACCUAUUCCAGCUGUAUUCCUUUGACUUGUGCUUCCUGCCAAAACGGUCUAUUUUAAUUUAUUCCACCCACUGCCCACCUCCAUUCAUGUAAUUGGUCACAUGGCCAAAGUGUUCUAUGAACCAUAUAAGGAAAUCCGCGCCUCUGUGACAUCACAAAGGGGCAGUUUUACCACGCCUUUUGAAACAGAGCAUUUUCAGCCAUCCCAAACUUCUUUUAGGGCUCACUUCCAAAUGCGUAAACCUCAUUAUCUGAAACUUUGGCAUCGUUGAACACCAGAAUACAACAUUCUAACUACAUCUAUAGGUCAGAAAAGUGGAAAAAGCAUAAUAGGUCCCCUCUAAGUCAAAUACAUCUACUCAACUUUAGCCAUUAACUUAGUCAGCCAUUGUAGGCGGAACUUAACUUGUUGAACAUUUGUGCGCCGAUCAACCAAUCAGGACUUGACGCAUGCAAGCUGGCACUGAGAACCAAAUCAGACGUCUGAUAGGCUAAGAAAAACGGUUGAUAACAGGUAACAGCACGCCUGAUUCCUGAAGGAAUUGACAUCGACUGGAAGAACUGCAGCCAAGAAACACGACAAAAUGAAUAAUAGGCUUUUGGGAAUAAAUUAAUAUCAUUUAAUGGAACAUACAUACUGGAACAUACAUUUGAAAUAUAGGUCAGGGCUUCUGGUACUGGUUAGGCCAGCAGAGAAGGCCUUAAGUGCCCCCUUAAUCAGCAGACAGGAAAGACAGGACAUUUUUGCACAACUUUGCGGAUGUAUUUCUUCAACAUGUUCAUUGACUUUGGAGGUUCCACUGUGUUUGUCGUUAAUAUUUUUUCUCAUCGGGUAUAGUUUGAGUGGAAAAACUUUGAUUACUAUUACAAUUGGACAAAAAAAGCAGGAAAUAUGUUAUUAAAAAUAAUUUAUAUAUUAUUUUGGCUCUAAAAACAUUAAAUGUAAAGCACACCAGCUAGUUUCUUGCACAUCCUUGUCACAAAUUUCGAGCACCUUUUAUUUCUUCUCUUGGUUGACAAGUCAGUAUGUAUGAUACAAAGCAUGUAUACACAUUUCUUUUUUUAUGCUUCUACAAUUUUAACUUUGUGCCCAAAAAACUGGGUGUAUUUUAAUAGCUACUUUUUAUUUUCAUUUUUUGGAAAUGUCAUUGCUACUGAUCAGUGUUGUAGGUGUGUUUGUGUGCUCGUCCUUGCAAAAAUAACCCACCAAUAUGCCACACACACACACACACAAUACAAAAUAAACACGGUCAAAUUGCUGCAAAUGUCACCAAAACAUGGUUAUUGAUGAUUUGUGGAGGCUCGAUAUUUUUCAACAAGGUGGAGGCUUUGCUCGCUGUCACUGAAGAAGCCUUUUUUCA